GGGACAUUCUGAUGCGACCCGAUGGGCCAGUUGAGCUCAUUUAUAGAUGCAAGGAACCUUAGAACAAGCGACCCAAGCCGUUAGAGACGGAGGGGGAAGAAGAAGAAGAAAAAAAAAACAAAUGUUGGAACCAAGUUUGUUUUGCGACAACGGUGCCGUCCAACAGGAUCGCUUUGUGGACAGGGUCUCCCGCGAUAUCCGACCGAUUGAUGGUUGCCAACACGCCUUAUGGCCCAAGCUGGCGAGUGUCAGAGCCCAAGUAGCAGAAGCGAUUCUGAAACACGGGUGUGUUACCUGGCGGUCAUCGCAUUAAGGCGGCGGAGGUACUAAUGCAGCGUAAGGGGAAGAAGUAACGGUUAAAACGGCGGCGGAAUAAGAGCGCAGUAGUGUGUCAAUAUGGAGUAGUUCGACCCGACAGCGAAUAAUUGAUUGACCAGAACAGAUGGAAGAUUGGCGACGGGGAAAAGGCUGUGAUAGGCGCAAGGAACGAACUCUUUUCCAAAAAUUUGUCAAUGAGAACAAGGGAGAAUUGCGAUGGACAGAUCGGAAUGAAGGUGAAG